UUAUAAUUCUUCAUCUCCUUCUUCCAUCAACAUGUUAAGUCUUCAAAGGGAUCAUGAUCAAGAUCACUAUGAUGAUGAUCAUGAUGAUGAAGAAGCUGUGAUAAGAGAAAUCCAUGCUUUAACACCUCCACACCCACCAUCGGCUCCAAUCCGCCAUCAUCAAUCUUCGACACCCUCCAUGGCUAGUGGAGCAUCGAGUGAGAACUUCACAAGCAUUAGUAGAGAAUUCAACGCUUUAGUAUUGGCAGGAUCAAACUUGGAAAGUGAUAGAACAAAUGAUAUUGCUAACUUGAUGAGGAUAAGAGAGGAGAUUGAUGAUCAUCAUGAGGAAACUAAUCCUCUUGCAAUUGUACUCGAUAACAACAACAAUCACAACAAUCCUGCGGUUGCAUCGCCUGCUAGGGGUGGUCGGGCGAGUAGUACCACUACUCGUCAAGUUGUUCAAUCGAGUAACCAACUUGUAUCGGUGCAGAUGGUGAAGAGGGAAGAAGUUGAAUCGAAGAUAUCGGCUUGGCAGAAUGCGAAAAUGGCGAAAGUUAAUAAUAGGUUCAAGAGGGAGGAUGCUGUUAUUAGUGGUUGGGAAAACGAGCAAGUUCAGAAAGCCUCAUCUUGGAUGAAAAAAGUCGAGAGGAGGCUGGAGGAGAAGAGGGCAAAAGCGAUGGAGAAGAUGGAAAACGACGUGGCGAAAGCGCAUAGAAAAGCCGAGGAAAGAAGAGCAUCGGCCGAAGCCAAGCGAGGAACCAAAGUUGCGAGGAUUCUUGAUGUUGCUAAUCUCAUGAGAACUGUGGGAAGAGCUCCUGCUAAGAAGUCUUUUUUCUAAGUUGUAACAAACCAAACAAAUAUCAUUCAUUCUCCCUAUUUAGUUUUUGUGUGUGAGAAUUGAAACAAAAAAAAAAUGUAAGGAAGAUUGUUGUGUGAAUUCUCGAAAACAAUUACGAUUUUCA